GCACCCAAUUGUAUAAAGCUUGGUUAAAUUAACCCUGGGUUAAACUCUAACCUUUGGUUAUCUUUAACCAAAUCUGGUUAGCUAACCAGUUUGGUUAACCAAUUGUAUAAACCAAGAUAACCAAAUGGUUAGUUAACCAAAUUGGUUAAAAUUAACCACUGGUUAAUUUUAACCAAUCCGUCCCGUCAUGCGGUAUUUUGGUGGUUCCGGUGACGUUAUUUUCGCGGAAUUUGUCAAAGCAGAAGACAAAACAAAAAACAUGGAACCUCCAGCCUCCAAGAAACCUAGAGUCAGGGCCAAAAACUUUUCUAUGUCGGAGGUGGAGGUGUUAAAGACCGCAGUUACAGAUAACUUCAGUACAAUUUCAGCAAAACACUGCAAUGGAACAGGUGGAAUCACAAAGAAAAUUCAAGACAAAGCCUGGGCGACCAUCUGUGAAAAGGUAAACAGUGUCGGAAAUGCGAAGCGGUCCGUCGCUGAAGUGAAGGAAAAGUGGCGUAACCUCACUAAAAAGGCAAAAACUGAGACCACCAUGCAGAAAGUGUCCAUGCAGAAAACCGGGGGUGGACCACCAGCACCAUUGCCUGAUCCACUCCUGGAUGAUAUUGCUGGAUUGUUCUGUUCUUCAGCCUCCUUUCACGGGAUACCAGGAGCUACUGACUGUGAAACUGUCACGAUAAGUUUACGUCUAGAUGAAGAGGAUGCAUAUGCAGAUGAAAUUCCUAGUAUGGUUAUUAAUGCUGAAGAGUUGCAGAAAGUAGAUGAAAUAUCAUCAGCAGCAAAGUCAGCAGCACCAAUUCAAGGCAGCAGGGCUUCAGCAGCACCAUGUCCAAGCAGCAGUACUUCAGAUAGAGGCCACAGAAAAGUCUUAAAGAGCUACAAAUGGAGUUCUACACAGUCUCUAUACAAAAUGAGAGGGAAAAGUUCAAACUCAUACAAGAACAGACAGCCUUAUGCAGAGAACUUAGAGAGAACAUUCCGAAGUUGUCCUUAGUUUUGGAUGCAUUGUGUACAAAAAAAGAUGAAGAGUGACUUUUAUAUUGACUUGAAUACAUUGUUUACUUGUUUGACAAUUUAAAUUUUAUCUGUACUUGUUUCAGUAUAAGCUGAAGUGCUCAACAUAAAUAAAAAUCUGCUGUAAUCAGA